AUGGAAAGUCAAUCGUCGUCCGUUACACCUGUUGCUGUUGAAUCGCAAGGUGGUGAAAGUCGUGAUGCUUCACCAUCAUCAACAAUAAAUUAUGCUGCUGCUACGACGGCUGGGAAUCUUGAUCAACAUGCCCGCCGUCCAUAUCCACCAUUAAACCGAGUCGGUCCGGUUGCUGCACAUGACCGUCCGUUUCUCAAAUAUGGCGAUCAAGAUAAAGUCUCGAUUGCUCGAGACAACAAUUUUGAUUUGGCGGGAAAAGAGACUGCGUCUCGGCGAAAAGCAAAUAAGACCCGCAUGCAUGUCUCAGCAUUUGCCAUCACAUGUUGGACAAAUGUUUCAAAAGAAAAAAUUCUUGAUGAUAUUCGUGGUUAUUUCGAGGCGGGUGUGGUUCGAUACGUUUGUGUAGCGAGAGAGGUUGCUGGCGCCCAAUCUAAGCCACAUUUACAUGUGCAAAUCAUCUGCACAAGGCCAGUCAAUAUUAAAUGUUGGUUUCUCGAUAAAUACACAGACGGGGAUUACGUGGAAUUUGGUGAUUUCCGUGAUCCAGGAGACUCGUCUCAACCAUUAUGGCCUGGAACGCCAAUUAAUCCAUCAAUUGGCAAUGCCACAACAUCAGGCAAACCAAUGACCGUCCGGGCCCAGGCCGAGGAGUGUCGUAAACGUAAAAAUGAAAUUGCUGACACGGCACUCACCAUCGCCGAGACGAGUGUUCCGAAAGCAAUGAAAUACGUGCGAAAGAAAUUGCCAUAUGUGUUUAUGGAUCGUAGUGAAAAUUGUCAAAAAUCAUUUACCUACGUCCAUAACGAAGCACAACAACAACAUCGUGGUGCCGUUGAAAAGGAAUUUUGUUGGGAUUUGUCCUUUCCAAAUUGUACACCACGAAUACAUGCUGUGGUUUCACAUUGGCUCCUUCACGAGUUCCGAAAUCCCAACCGUCCGAAGUGUUUGAUCAUAAUCGGUCUGUCGGGGACAGGAAAGACCGCUUUUGCUCAAUCCUUACCAGGCCUAGCCUGUUAUUUUAAAGGUCGUUGGUGCUUGAACGUCUGGAAGGAAAACGCCCGGUAUUUGAUUUUCGACGACAUACCGUGGGAUGAUUUCAAGGACGAAAGCUAUCCCAAUAAAAAAAAUUUACUUUCGGCUAAUGGCGAAACAGGCGUUACCGAUAAGUAUAAGGGAUCGACGACGAUUAAUGUCACCAUGCCGUCGAUCGUCUUGUUAAAUCCUGGCGACACGGGUUCUUUGAUGAGAACACCAGUAACAGCCGAAGAAAAGGAUGAUGCAGAUUAUUGGAGUCGUCGAGCUGUCGUCUUGGUCAUGGGUCCCGAUGAAUGCUUUCAUCGACCCGAACCACCAUCAGCAUCGAACACAACGGGUUUUGCGUACAAUGGCCGUCCACUCUUGGGCCAUGAUAAUGAAUUCGAAGAUAAUCGCCGUGUGUUUCUGGCAGGACAGGAACGACGUCGAAGAGCAGCAGCUGCAGCAGCAGCAACAACAACAACAACAACAACAGCAGUAGUAGUAAAUGAGCCCGUUUUACAGUCAUCACCAACAGUAAUAAGCCAGGCUGAUUCCAAUCUAGCCAUUGAAGAUUAA